AUGUGUGAGAAAGAGUGUCCAGCAAAGAAGGCAUAUGAAGACUUUCUGAGAAUUGUGCCAAAAGUGCAAGUUGGCGAAGAAGCGCCAGAGAUCAAAGCUCAGUGCCUUUGUCCGUGUGGUGCAAUCAAGGACUUUGACAUGUCUGAGUACAAGGGCAAGUUCAUUGUGUUGUUGUUCUACCCACUCGACUGGACUUUUGUCUGCCCAACAGAGAUGAUGGGAUACUCCAAACUUGCAGAAGAGAUGAAGGAUGUCCAGUUUGAGCACGGCGGUGUUGGAAAGCUUUCGUUCCCACUUGUUUCUGAUAUCAAGAAGUGCAUCAGCAUGAGAUACAACAUGUACAAUGCGGCUGACGGCAUUGCACGACUUGGGUAUGUCAUUGUCGACACAAAGGGGAUUGUCAGAUACAUGCAAGUCAACGACAACGGAAUUGGAAGAAACACAGACGAGACAAAGAGAAUCAUCGAAGCAAUCAAGUUCUCGGACGAACAUGGCGAUGUCUGCCCACUCAACUGGAAACCAGGAAAAGACACAAUGAAACCAACACCAGAAGGCGUUGCUGCUUAUCUCACAAAACACUAA